AUCCACAGCCCCAGCGCGCGCGCACGGUUAAAUCCCCCCAUCCCGACGGCGGCGGCGGCUCUCACCCGCACCCCGCCGGGCGCAGCACCAUGACUGCCGGCCGCCUCGGUCCGCUCGUCACCCCCCUCUUCCUGGGCCUGGUGCUGCUCGUCUUCCACCCGGGCGCAGAUGCGUGGUUCCGGAGCAGGGCGAGCGCCCCGAGGGACGAGCCACGAACGCCAGGCCCAGCCCCAGGCCCAGGCCCAACCCCGCGGCCAACCCCGCGGCCAACCCCAGUCCCAGAAGCAGCGAAAACGGGCGUGUGCCCCGAGCUGGAGAAGGACGUGAACUGUACGCAGGAGUGCAGCUCCGAUGCAGAGUGCCCGGAAAACCUCAAGUGCUGCAAGGCCGGCUGCGCCAGCGUCUGCCACUUGCCGGAUGAAAAGCCGGGCUCCUGCCCCGAGGUGGACCUUCCCUUGACUCCGCUUGGCCUCUGCCGGGACCAGUGCCAGGUGGACAGCCAGUGUCCCGAACGGAUGAAAUGCUGCCGCAAUGGUUGCGGGAAGGUGUCCUGCGUCACUCCCGUCUUCUGAGUUUCAGCCACCGCAGCCGGAGGAAUGAGGGAGUGGAAGUUUCUGCCAGGCCCUGUCUGGCUCCGGCCCAGCCCCGUCUGGCUCCAGCCCAGCUGCCCUCCCCUCUUUCUGGCCUCUGCACUCCCUCCUGUGCUGGCCACAGUUUCAUUUUCCAGCCAAUAAAGUGACCGCUUCCAGCA